UCAGGCAGUUAGAAGGAAGCGCUGGGAGGGAGGUCUCCCGUCUACGGCGCAGUAUCGAUCAACGGCGUGAAAAAUGGCUCGGUUUGUCGCUCGUUUCUCCAAAGUCUUCCUCAAGGCAAAUUUUCCCAAGGCCGUCAUUGCACCGAAGAGUUUUCAGUGGCCACGACGUGUCCAUGCAAAGGCGGGUUUGAGAUCACUGACCCGAUAUGAUGAAACGACCGUAAAUGUUGAUUGGCAAAAGAAGCUCACCCCAGAGCAAUACUUCAUCACUCGAGAAAAGGGGACAGAACUGCCUUUCAGUGGAAUCCAUCUGAAUAAUACCGAGCAAGGCAUGUACCAUUGUGUAUGCUGUGAUGCUGUCCUUUUCAGCUCUGAAAGCAAGUAUGAUUCUGGCACCGGUUGGCCUUCUUUCUGGCAAAUCCACGGCACAGUGAAUAAUGAUGAAUCCAAUACAAAUGUACUGCGUCGUCCAGACAACUCCAUGGGAUCAACUGGAACUGAAGUUAUUUGCAAAAAGUGUGAUGCACACUUGGGGCAUGUGUUUGAUGAUGGACCAGAACCCACAGGACAUCGAUUUUGCAUCAACAGUGUGGCAUUAACUUUCAAACCCAAAUCAAUACAGUGAUUUCCAAAACAAUAAAUUGUUACAUAAUACUUUGUUUAACCUAGAUUGAGUUUCCAGUACCAUCAUAUAAAUUGGUGCCACUAGUGCUUUCAUUGUAAGUCAUCUCUUUGGUGCAUUCACUCAUAUGUUCAUUGUAUUUUUAACAGAGAGCAAAUUCUCCAGUGCUUGUUACCAGAUAUUGGCCAAACACUCCAUAAAGUUCAAGCAAAGAUCCUUUCAUUUUUAUGUAAGAAAUUAGUGUUAAAUUAAUAUUAGUAACUUUAUUUUCUGCAAAUAAUUAUUUAAAGUUCACAGAUUUUAAAAAAGAAAAUGCUAGAUAUACACAGAUAAAAACAGUAAGACAGGUUGAUAUUUUGAGAAUCAAUUGUUGAAACCUAUUCCCACAUAGAAUGCUACUUUUUCUCUUCUGAGUUGCUUAAAUGGUGUGAGUUUCUAGGUUUGUUGAUUUUCCUUUAUUUUCUGUUGUGUUUUACCUCUAGUUUUCCAGCCUCAACCACCCAACUUUCAUAAGUCAUGUAGAUGCAGGUGUAAUUCAUAUGUUGAUAUUUGUUGAGAUAAUCACAUUUCCUUGCUGUAUUCAAAAGGCCAAACAUAAAUUAGAUUUCAUUUAUUCAAACACAUUUAAAGGCCGGUGAUAUCCUGGUUCGAAAGAGAACCAGAGAUUUCCCAAUCUGCAACCCAUUUGCUAAAGGACAAUUAUGCAAUUUAUAAUGUGAAUAAAUAUAUAUAAUUUAAAAAUCAGUUUUGAUUGACUGUACAUAUUUAUUUCCAUAAUUCAUGAAUGUCAUUUAAUACAUUAAAAUGCUGGUUAUCUUG